GUCAGAUUGGUCAGGCAGGCUUAGUAUUUUUAAUACCCAGAUUACCAAUCCCGCCAAUCCCAGGAAUGUAGAGAAACACUAGUUCCAGUCUACCGUUAAUCAUAGAAACGCGUUCAAGAUGGCGACAGUUAAUGAGCGGCGUGCGUUAUGCAGUCUUUUAUAAAACUGAAAUAUGCCUCGAAACAUCAAACGAACGCUCCCAAGAGGACCUAGUUUUGAAUUUGUCGCAUUCACAGACUCUUCCCCAUCUCCAAUACGACGAAGAAUAGAAUUGGCAUCUCCACAAAAUCGUGACGAAACGUCUGCGCGUGUGAAUGAAGUCGGUGAAUGUGAAGAUAAUUUAGGAACGUCCGUGCAAACUUCAUCAUCAUUUGUUUUCAGUGAGAGAGAUCUCACUGAGAUAUUUAGUGAAAGUGAUAGUGAUUGUGAAAAUAACGAGAAAGCUCCAGGAAAGUCAACUAGCUAUGCUAAACGACAACAAAGCUCGACAAAAAACUGGGAAAAUAUCAGAGGAACCUUGUUAAAAGCUGUGGUUGAAUCAGAAUGUAUUCCGUGUGGUCAACUGUGCACCAACUGUAAUGUAGCCAGCGCAAACUUUCGAUGCUUGAAAUGCGGCGCAGGAAACUAUUUUUGUGAAGCAUGUGUGGCAUCAUUGCACAAAAAUGUUUGUGUAUUUCAUGUGGUUGAACAGUGGAAGGAUGGAAUGUUUUUACCAAGUCCAAUGUUUAAGAGAAUAUUAAAUCCUCGACCUUGGCAUUCCUGUCUUGCAUCAGAAAUAAAAACAAUUACUGCUAUAUGUGAUGAUGGUCGAAGGCAUGAACUUGGUAUUAUGUCUUGUCCAUGUGAAGCUUUUCCUGUAUCCUUAGCAAGAUUACGGCUGUGGCCAACAUGUUCAAAGAAUCCAUCUAUUGCUUUAUCAUUUGACCUUUUGGAUUGGAUGGAAGCAUUACUUUUGGAGUGCCAAGUUUCACUGAACGAUUUUUGUAGAGCAUUGGAUUUAAGAAUUCCAAGAUAUGUCAAGAAAAAAGAUUUAUAUCACCUAAUCAUUGAUUGUUUUGAAGAGUAUAGGUAUAUGAAGAAUGAGCUACGUACUCUUAAAGUAAUGUGUCCAGAGAGAGAUCAUGGAAAUGUUUGCCCAGCUUGCCCUGUGGGUGAUGGUACUCUUAUUGAGUCAUUUGAUGCCUGUUUUGGCUUACCUCGUAAGAAAGCUGCUGGGUCCAGUGUUCGAGAACCAUUGCAUGGGGGAACAUUUUUCAGCAAUCAAGAAAAAGUUGACAAUUUUGUUGAUUCCUAUCCUACACAACCAAAAGUAUCAAAGGAUUGUAAUGAUUUCAAAGCUGGCGACGUUUUAAGAUCUAGAACGCAAUUUAAGGCUUUAGAUGAGACUGGUGUUUUUGGCAGGGCAUGCAGACAUGGUUUCCCAAAACAGUUUGUCAAUUUGAAACAUGGUGAAAGGAUAGCAUAUGCUGUUUGGAUGCUAAAAGAGGUUGUUGCAAAUUGUCAUCCUGGAACCUAUGACAUUAAAAUUAUGUAUGACAUUGGAUGUUUGCUAACUAAGCAUUUGCAGUCCUCUGGACAACUUGAUUUAUUGUCAAAUGUGACUCUGGCAGUACCUGCCUUUCACAUAUAUGGACAUAUAGCCUCAUGUCAGCUUGAGUUCAGUCCAAGACGCUCUGAUAACUUUGGGUUGUCGGAUGGUGAGCAACUAGAGAGAUUAUGGUCAUAUCUACGUCGCUUUUCCAAAAUGACCAAAGAAAUGCGUCCUUCUCAUCGCAUUGAUGUGUUGAGUGAUGCGUUGCUCCAUUAUGGACGUCAAUGUAAAGAUACCUUAGUUUCAGGGUUAUUAAAGAACUGGAAAAAGUCCGCACAGUGCAUAGAAGCAAGCCAGAAAAACAUAGACGAUUUGGCCAAUAAAUUAUCAGUUCCCUUGACAGAGACUGUUAUUGAAGAGUUGGCAAACCAGGAACGCCAACGUUUGUGUGGUGAGCGGACGAGGCAAGACGAAAGCGACACCUGUAAUGACUCGCCUAUUUCCACCUAUGUUGAUCAGCUAAGGAUUUUUUAUGUCUUAAGAAGUAAUUUGUGUACAGAUGUGCUGGAUGCUGAUGAGGUAUCGGCUAUCACCAAAAAAAUGGAGAGGUUAGAUAAGGAGCUCGUUGUAUUGGAGAGAGCCAACGGAAUAACGUCGAGAUGGACACCAAAUGAGAACAAUUACAAAAAAGAAUUAGCGAGGAAAAAUUGCCAGAAAUGCACUGAAGUGUAUGAGAAGAUCAAAAAUGUAUGUGAAGAAAGGCUAUUUCUCUUAAAUCUGAAAGAGAAGUAUUCCGAAGGUAAUGCGUUAGCAAGAAAGUUGGCAAACCAAGUAAAGAAGAGUGAAAAGAACAUUAAACGGCUGCUGGUGGAGUACAAUUGUUCACAGGAUCAGCUUGAGGAAGAAACGAAGAAUAGGUUUCCAAAUCUAAGCUUUGACACGAUUAAAACGCAUGGCAUCAACAUUGAGGAACACGACGCUGGUAUUGGCAGUAUUCCAUCGACAGUCAAACGUCACGCGAUCGAGAUGUUGAACCUUCUCAAACGUAGUCGGGAAGAGAAGGUCCUUUUGAGCGCUGAAAUGAGGCAGCUUUUCAACUAUUACCUCACCGACGAAGCCAAGGUUUCCAGUAUUGUGAACACGCUGUCUUCAAACGAUGCACUUAGCAAGUAUGAAAGAGGCUCACUAGCAUUGUUAAAAGCGGAGCAAAAAAUGUUGAGACAUCGUGUCUUUUUCAUACGUGAUUCAUUCAAGGAUUACGUAGAUAUGCCUGAUGUUAGCUAUACGUCACUUCCAGACGUGGACGGGAUGAUUGAACAUGAUAACGAUGAUGAUGAUGAAAGCAUUCACAGCCAAUCAUCUGAUAGUGAAUAG